UAAUGUAACACAUGGCCGCCUCUUGUUCCUUUUCACCACCGAGGCGUAUAAGAUGGCUACUCAUCGUCUCCAUCUCCACGCUUUUGCUUGUGUUGUGCUCAAAUGGGACAUCUGAUAAGCAUAUAUCCGGGAUUGGCUCGACUCAUUCGCCUAAAUAGCACGAGUCUGCAGCAACAACAAAAGCCCGUUUCUUCUCCAGAGAUGUGUAGCCUUGACACUCCACAGAACGAAAGCGCGCCCCUUUGCUGCCGUGUUUUUUGUUGUUGGUCUAUUUCACGAUCGAUAUCUUGCAUUACUAACGCCAAGUUGUUAAUCAAACCACAUUUUAUUUGUCACAUGCUUUGUUAACAACAGGUGUAGACAAACAGUGAGAUGAUUAGGGCCCUUCCCAACAACGCAGAGAGAAAAAUAGUAACACGAUGAAUAAAUGCACAAUGAGUAACGAGAUCACUUGGCUAUAUACAUAUGGUACCAGUACCGAAUCCAUGUGCAGAGAUGUCGCUGGUGGAUUUGGGGAAGCGGCUCCUUGAGGCUGCACGGAAAGGCCAGGAUGAUGAAGUCAGGACACUCAUGGCCAAUGGGGCUCCCUUCACCACAGACUGGCUGGGCACAUCUCCGUUGCACCUGGCCGCCCAACACGGGCACUAUUCCACUGCCGAGGUGCUGCUCAGGGCAGGCGUCAGCAGGGAUGCCCGAACCAAAGUGGACAGGACCCCUCUGCACAUGGCUGCUUCAGAGGGCCACAAUGUCAUCGUGGAUCUAUUAGUCAGGAGUGGCGCAGACAUUAAUGCCAAGGACAUGCUGAAGAUGACUGCUCUCCACUGGGCCGCCCAGAAUGGCCACCAAAGGGUAGCGGAGACGCUCGUGAAACAUGGCGCCGAUGUUCACGCUCUCAGUAAAUUUGAUAAGACGCCGUUUGACAUCGCAGGAGACAUCCAGAAUGCAGACCUUAUGCUCCUACUACAGGAGGGAAUGCAGAACCAGGUGAACAUGAACGCAGAGGCUGGCAUGACUGGGAGCUCGGCCCAGCCUCAGUUUAUCAUCCAGGGCAUACCAGGGCUCCCGGGGGGUGUGGUCAACCUGGCAGACCUCCUCAACAACAUCAACUCGGCAGGUGACUCGGAGGAAGCCAUAGCAGCCAAUUCUUUGGACCCCGGCAGCAUCCAGCACAUGGUGAACGAGCAAGGUCAAAGGGUUAUCACCAUAGUGACCGACCAACACGGUAACCUACAGACUGGAGGGCUUGGUCAGCCAUUCUUUGUCACCAUGCAGCAUGGACAACAGAUGUUGGCGAUGCCAGCCAAUCAGGUGACAGAGGAGGUGGUUGAGGAGGAACCCCAGCCCCCGCCUGCCCGCAAGAGGAAACUAGAGGCCUCUGCCAACCACAUGGAGUCUGGAGACACGGAGCAGUUACAGAGGCAGCUGCAGGAGGCCAACCGGAAGGCCCAGGAGUACCGGCAGCAGCUGAUGUGCAAAGAGCAGGAAGCAGAGCAGUACCGUAUGAAGCUGGAGGCCAUGUCGUACAGCCAUACCAACGGCACCUCUGAGCAGGAGGAAGUGGUUGAGGAGGAGGAGGAGGAGGAGGAGGAGGAGGAGGAGGUGGUGGUGCUCCAGGAGGGAGACAUCAUCAUUAAGACGGAGGAGCUGGACUCGGCCGAGGAGCAGGUGACGCUGGUGGAGUCGGUGCCCUCCCACACCGAGGUCAUCUCAUAACACCAGACAGACUGAUGUCACUGAUGGAAGGAGAAAUGGACACGAACUCAGGCGACGGGGCAGGCUAUCAGCUUUUUCCAUAGCUCUUUUAAUUUUUUUCCCCCAUCUGAGUUUUUUAAUGUUUUGUUUGUACUAUAUUUACUUACUCUCUGCCGUUUCAGUAGUUUUUUUUCUCUCUCCCUCAAUCAUGUUUUUUUAUUUUUUACAAGUAGCGAAGUGAGGAGGUGCAUCACAGGUUGGUUGAGGAGCCGGAAUGGGACCUGCUCAGCCUGUGGAUAAGGUUUACUGCCUGAAAAACAUGUAUGCUAUCUGAGAGAAACGGGUCACUCGGUCUCUGUCUGUGGCGUCUGAGACAUGUCAGUGGUGUGGGAAAUACAUUUUCACGUUGCCAACUACAUAUCAUAAGAUGUCCAAGACGAGUCAAUCAGUGGUGCCAGAGGACCAGUCUGUGGAGAGAACACUUUUGUUUGUUUUUGUUCAGUUCUUUCAGGUCUCAAAAGUCGCCCUCUUCCUCACUCCUCCAUUCUACCACCCCCACCAUCAUGGACUCCACUGCAAUGGGAAUUGUAUUUAAGAAUACCUAUUUGAAAAUAACCGUCUUAUAGGACAAAUGACAGGGCAUGCAUUUGGCAACAGUCAUUCCCAGCAUUUAUUUGGACGCAUUCACAAUGUAGUAAUGAAUUGUUUCAAAGUCGGGAAUUGUUUUGACUUUCAUGGCACCACGUUAGCUUUGUCCUCUGUGGGUGUUAUGGUCCGUGCCACUUCGAGUGCAGCGGUGAUUAUAGGUUUACUGUUGCAAAAGCCACAACCCCCCCCACCCUCUCCCUGCUGAUGUCAAUACAAAGAAUAACGUCCUCCCGUUUCAAGGCCCCUGUGGCUUUAAUCACUAGUAGUCCCACUCCCCAGAGACGGACAGAAGUAAGGCUUUCAGAUUGCUGUGUCCUUCUGACAAUGACUAUGUCCCGUCACUUGUUUCUGCUACAGUUACUGUGCCGUUUUGUCUUCUCCAACCCUGAAUGAGAACGUGAACAACGUCUGGGUUAACAUUCAUCUGUCAGGGUUGAAGGGUGUUAAAGGAAAGUAAUCUCUGCCUGCUAUUCAGUGAGGGCCCAAUCUAAACUUGAGAUGCCAAAGCUGGUUUAAAUUGUGCCUACAUUUUGCAUUGCGUCAAUGGGGGAUUUCCACUGAAAUUAGAGUUCAGAUUUAUCGGAUGCUCUUGCCCAGGUUUAAAAUGACUUUAGUGGGUCUAACUGCAAUUUGAGUUGAACCAUGUUGAGCGACAGAUAUAAAUACACACACACCAAUUUGAAUAUUUUAAAUAAUGUUUCUGUACACUGAUCCAUGGUCAGUUUGAGAGGAGUACAUCUUGUAUAAUUAAUUUCCCACCAUGGCUAAUUGGGUGGAUGAAAUACACCACAGUUUUUGAGUUUCAGAAUUGAAACCCCCCCCCCCUCAGACCACCUCUUUACUUGGCGGAAGAGGUCUGCUGUUUUGCUGGAAUACCGUUCCUAUGGCGGUCUCCACUCACCCAUUGUAAACUUAGACCGCUCUCUUCCUUUGAGAAGUCGACCUUCUCCACGAGUAUGAUAUUUUUUUAUAAGCUCUCAGCAAGCCUUUUUAUUAUGUACAUAUAAAAUUGUAUUUUUAAGUGUAUCUGAAUGCUUUGGAAUGUAGACUGCUUAUAUAUGAUUUCUAAGCACAUCGUCCCUGUCUUAGUUUAGCAUCUCUUUGCCAGAUUGUACAGGCGAACAUGUAUGCACCAAAUGAUUAAAUAAUUCCAUUUACCAUGAUUUGACGGGUUUAUAGAUCUACCUGUUUCGCUACAGCUCUCACAGUUAAGGGCACUUGACCGAGCCACGAAUGACUUUGUGUGGACUUUGCUUGCUUUGAUUAAAAAGUAUGAAACGGCCUUUUUUAAAUGUUACAACUGGUAUCUGGAACAUGCUUUGAAUUGUUUGCUCAAUAACUUCGGUCUUCUCAGAGAUUGAGAACCGGUGGCGCUGGACCAUUUCCUCCAUUUUUUGUUUUAGACAUUGUUCCAUAUUGACCAGCAGGUGGCACUACACUUUAACAGACUGAUCUGGUCUGUGAAAUGAAAUUGAGCAGGGAUCAUAUCUAUAUUUCUUACCCUCAAAUGAGUCGAUUUGCUGCUAAUACAGAAAGUGAAACGACUAGAGUGUCGCACGGUAACGUUGAAGCUUUUAUUAAAUGCAUUCCAUUUUCUAACUCAUUUAUGUAAGGUGAUAUUUCACUUGUACUGCCUACCAGGAUAACAUUAUUGAAAAUAAAAUACAAGCUCGUACCUGCAAAUGAUGUGGA